CAAGCCAUUUUCUGCUUUAUUUAUUACCAAAUGAGUCACAUAAUAUAUCACCAUUACUGCCUGUAGCUGCAUUUUAGCAUAAAAGUAUUUGAUCAGCAAAAUGUCAUCAGGUCGUGGUAGAGGUUACUCGGGCCGGCACCAUCUCCAGCAAAGAGAUCCCCGUCCAGGAGACCCAGAGCUCGAAGAGCUAAACGCUGCUAGAACAUUAUCGGAACUCAGCCCGAGGGCAACAGAUCCCUCAAAAGUUGACCUAAACAAAAUUGAUAUGUCCAAAUAUGAAGAUGCUAAAGAAGAGAAACCACUGGUUAAAGAGAAAGUUGAUAAAAGUAGGGUAACUAAUGAAGAUGAAAACAUACUAAAAGAUCUCUUGUAUGUUGAUGAGCAAUAUGCACCUUUGCUGGUCUUGUUGGAACAGUUCUCACCUGGGGAGGAUGGCAUACAGUUUAACAGGAAACUCAGACAGUUUGAGACAUCCGUCACCAACAUGUGCCCUGACGAAGCUAGACUGCAGAGUGCAUUUGCGACUUUCCGUGCGGCAGCCCUGCAGAGCGGAGCGACGGCGCGUCGCCUGGCUGCCGUUGGCGCGUCGUUUACACGUCAGCAACGGCAGCAGUUGUUACGCGCGCCGCUACUCAAUGUGGUCAUGCAGGGGACGUUUACAAAACUGGAUAUACUGGAGCGCGCUAAUCCGAUAUAUUUGAUAAAUGCAACAAAUCUUAUGGGGGAUUACUUUGCAGAGGCUAGAUUGUGCAAUGGCAACAAAGUCCACAUAUUAGCAAGUCCUCUGCUGCAGUACAUGCGCGCUCUGCUGGCCAGUGACGACUUGCGAGCACACAGAAGUCUCGCUACACAGUUGAUGCAAAAUGGCAGAGAACUUCUGACGGUGCUGUCACAGGAGUUGGAUGAACUGUCAAUAUCCAUCAGACUACGCUUGCUGACUCCGCCGCCAGUCAGCGUCAUUUGGCUGCUGCUGUCGGCUGAUUUAUGCCUCAACAAGUUCCUGCCGCUACCGAACACUUUGCAACAGUUUUACGCGGCUCAUCUCGAGCUCACCACUGAUGAUAGCUACAGUGAAGUCACAUACGGAUCCUGGAAGAAAUCCAAAGAGGAAUACCAGGGAAAUUCUAGUCUAGAAGAUAAAGUUGGACAAAAUUUAUCGCAACUUAACAUAAGCCAAGAGGAGGACACCAAACCUAAGUUGAGGCCGAUUUUAGGAGCGGGUGCCGGUCUCCUGCGCCAGGAGCAGAUGGCUCAAGAGUUUGACACAUGGACAGGAAAAACGAGCUUGUCCAAGCGGUACGAUUUGAACUCGUGGAGGCAAGCAGAUGACAAAAAAGAGGAAGCUGAACCGGUAUUUAACCCUACUGUUUUACCACCAAACAUGCAAAAUUUUCCCACCGACUACCCCCCACCAAACUAUAACUUCCCAGAAAAUUACCCUAGCUACUUACAGCAAGGUGAUGGAACUUACAUCCAGAACAUGCAAAGCAAUUCAAAUAAUUUUCCUCCGUCGGAAUUUGUACCUCAGUACGAGAGGACGCAGCCGGAAAGGGUGAAUAAUGAGAUUCAGAAAACGGCAAACACGAGACGCGUGGUUGAAAACUGGAGAGUAGAAAAACCUGAAACAAAAGAAGAUCCCAAUAAAAACAGAAGAAAUUGGACAAGGCAGAGGUCCAGGGAUAAUAUUAAUUCAGAGGAUGAUAAGAAAGACGAGAAAAGAUCCACAUCACGAAGCUCGAGAGACUCUAAAGCAAACUCGAUGAUGAAUAGACGUAACAGUGGGGAAGAUGGGACCUCUGGCAAGACACCCCCAAGGAGACACGUAUCUGAUGUCCCGCGGAAUCAAAAGUACUGGGAUCACGACGACAGAUGCGACAUUGAAUACAGUUAGUGACAGUGCUUCAGAGCGUCGACAGAUGGUGCUAGUGUGUUUUAUAAAAGCUAGAUCUCGCUAUUGACUGGAUUUUUAACUAAAGUAAAAUUAAAAGUAAGUUAGAGUACUUACACACAUGGCAAAUUCUGUUGUAUGUGUGAGCACUCUUAUAUGUAUUUUAGACAUACACACACAUUUUAUUUGUGAAACUUUUUCGCUAUUCAAAAUGUUAGAUAAUGAUUUCAUAUUUAUAAAAAUACAAUAUAAACAAAUUGAAUACAGGAUUAAAGGUAUCAAAUUCAUAAAGUUUUGUUAACACACCUCAAUAUACCACCAAAUAAUAAUUUAUAAAGAUAUUACAAACCAUAUUUAUGGGAUUACACUUUUGACUUACUACAAUUAUAGUAAUUAAAUUUUAGCUCUUAUCUAUAUUGAAAAUGUUGUGCUCAUUAAUAAAAGAAAUUAUAUUUAUGGCACAUACACUAAUAUGUAUUGUUACUACUAAUAAAGACUAGUAGUAAAUUUCAAUCCUGCUCAAA